ACAUUUCAAGUUCAACUAAACACGAAACGCAUCGUUUCAAACCAAAUCUGAAGCAAACACAGUCUUUGUAAUAACGUCCUCAUCAUCAUCUUCUCGAAAAUAAAAACCCACCAUUAAUAAUUUUAUCCUAAGUUUUCUAAAUCAAAUAAUAAUGAAAUAAUUGUUGUAACUCUCUUUUAUCGUCGAGUUAUUAAUAAAGUUAAUUAAAUCCUAUCUUUGUUGCUACAAUACAACCUCAUCAAUCGAUUUAGGGUUUGAAAAUGAGUAACCAAAAGAAGAAUUUUCGGAUUGAACCGUUUAAGCAUAGGGUUGUUAUGGAUCCGAAAUAUGCAGAUAAGACAUGGAAGAUUCUUGAAGAUGCUAUUCAUGAGAUUUAUAAUCAUAACGCUAGUGGUCUUAGUUUUGAAGAACUUUACAGAAAUGCAUACAAUAUGGUGCUUCACAAAUUUGGUGAUAGGUUGUACUCAGGAUUGGUUGCGACCAUGACUGCACAUCUCAAAGAAAUAGCUAAAUCUAUUGAAGCAGCUCAAGGAGGGUCUUUUCUGGAAGAACUGAACAGGAAAUGGAAUGAUCAUAACAAAGCAUUGCAAAUGAUUAGAGAUAUACUGAUGUACAUGGACAGAACAUUCAUUCCAAGCGCCAAAAAGACUCCUGUUCAUGAACUCGGGCUGAAUCUGUGGAGAGAAAGUGUCAUUUAUUCCAACCAGAUCAGGACUCGGCUGCUGAACACACUUCUGGAAUUAGUACAGAGUGAACGCACUGGUGAAGUUAUUGAUAGAGGGAUAAUGAGAAAUAUAACAAAAAUGCUAAUGGAUUUAGGUCCAGCUGUUUAUGGUCAAGAUUUUGAGGCUCAUUUUCUUCAAGUUUCAGCUGAGUUUUAUCAGGUAGAAUCCCAAAGAUUCAUUGAGUGUUGUGAUUGUGGUGAUUAUCUUAAGAAAGCUGAAAGGCGUCUGAAUGAGGAAAUGGAUAGAGUUGGCCAUUACAUGGAUCCCGAGACUGAAAAGAAGAUUAAUAAAGUGGUGGAGACGCAGAUGAUUGAAAAUCACAUGCUCAGGUUAAUCCAUAUGGAGAAUUCUGGUUUAGUCAACAUGCUUUGUGAUGAUAAAUAUGAAGAUUUGGGUAGGAUGUAUAACUUGUUCCGCCGUGUAGCCGACGGUCUUUUGAAAAUACGAGAGGUGAUGACUUUACACAUAAGGGAAUCUGGUAAACAGCUUGUUACAGAUCCUGAAAGAUUGAAGGAUCCAGUCGAGUUUGUGCAGAGGCUCUUAGAUGAGAAAGACAAAUACGACAAGAUUAUAAACCAGGCAUUCAACAACGACAAGUCUUUCCAGAAUGCUUUGAAUUCCUCGUUUGAAUAUUUCAUUAACUUGAAUCCCCGUUCUCCAGAGUUCAUUUCACUAUUUGUAGAUGAUAAACUUCGUAAGGGUCUGAAAGGGGUCAACGAGGACGAUGUAGAAGUUACUCUGGACAAGGUGAUGAUGCUGUUCCGAUACUUGCAAGAAAAAGAUGUUUUUGAGAAGUAUUAUAAACAGCAUCUGGCAAAGAGGCUUUUGUCUGGAAAAACGGUUUCUGAUGAUGCUGAAAGAAGUCUCAUUGUUAAGCUCAAGACUGAAUGUGGCUAUCAAUUUACAUCAAAAUUAGAGGGAAUGUUUACAGACAUGAAAACCUCUCAGGACACAAUGCAGGGCUUUUAUGCCAGCCACCCUGACUUAGGCGAUGGUCCUACGCUUACUGUCCAGGUUCUUACAACAGGGUCUUGGCCAACUCAGUCUAGUAUUACGUGCAACCUGCCGGUGGAAAUAUCUGCACUUUGCGAGAAGUUUCGGUCGUAUUACCUUGGCACACAUACUGGCAGGAGAUUGUCAUGGCAAACCAACAUGGGCUUUGCAGACUUAAAAGCAACCUUUGGGAAGGGUCAGAAGCAUGAGUUAAAUGUCUCUACCUACCAAAUGUGUGUCCUUAUGCUUUUCAAUAAUGCUGAUAAACUUAGCUACAAGGAGAUUGAGCAAGCAACUGAGAUUCCUGCCCCGGAUCUUAAGAGAUGUCUGCAAUCAUUGGCUUUAGUUAAGGGAAGAAAUGUCCUUAGAAAGGAGCCGAUGAGUAAAGAUGUUGGUGAGGAUGAUGCUUUCUCUGUCAAUGACAAGUUCAGUAGUAAACUAUACAAGGUUAAAAUAGGAACUGUAGUUGCACAAAAGGAAUCCGAACCUGAGAAACAGGAAACUCGGCAGCGAGUGGAGGAGGACAGGAAGCCUCAGAUUGAGGCGGCAAUAGUGAGGAUCAUGAAAUCUAGGAGGCUACUUGAUCAUAACAAUCUUAUAGCUGAAGUCACAAAGCAGUUGCAGUUACGUUUCCUUGCAAAUCCAACAGAGGUCAAGAAACGCAUUGAGUCUCUCAUUGAGCGGGACUUUUUGGAGAGGGAUGAUAACGACAGAAAAAUGUAUCGGUAUCUUGCAUAGAAUUGUUAAAAACUUUUGUUUCAGUAAUCAAAGUGAUGCAAGUGUUGUAUCAUAAUGAACCAGGUGAAAAUUUGUCUUUUAAGUAGACCCAUUGAUUUCAAUGUAUAUUGAUUUGUUAUCCUAUUUGUUGUUGCGAUGUUUUCAUCUAAUGUUUUGAAUUACCAAGCA